AUGAUGAUGAUGAUGGGGGAAUCCUUGGCUCAACUAGGCUCAGUGAUUGGCACUGUAAUGUUUGUUUGGGCCAUGUUUCAGCAAUACUUCCCCUAUCAACUUCAGCUCAAAAUUGAAAAAUAUGGUCAGAAACUAGUGAACUGGGUGUUCCCCUAUAUACAAAUCACUUUUCAUGAAUACCCAAAUGAUGGCUUCAAGCGCAGCAAAGCCUAUGCCGCCAUUGAAUCCUAUCUUGGUGCUAAUUCUACCAUGCGAGUUAAGCGGCUUAAAGGCGAUGUAGUGAAAGAUAGUCAAUCUCUAGUCCUUAGCAUGGGCGAUUACGAGGAGAUCAUCGAUGAAUUUGAAGGGAUUAAGCUUUGUUGGGUGUUCAGCAAAAAACUUCCUAAUUCACAAACAAUCACAUUCUACCCUGGUGAAGAUGAAAGGAGGCAUUACAAGCUCAGUUUUCAUCAGCGGCAUCACGAUAUGGUCACUGGAUACUAUUUGAAUCAUGUCCUGGAGGAAGGGAAGAAGAUUUCAAUAAGAAACAGGCAGCGAAAACUCUACACCAACAGCCGUGGUGAGAAUUGGCAUGGUCACAACACCAUGUGGAGCCACAUAGUGUUUGAGCACCCAGCUACAUUUGAGACUUUGGCCAUGGAACCAAAGAAGAAGCAGGACAUUAUCAAUGACCUCGUUACCUGCAGCAAGGCUAAAGACUAUUACGCGAAAAUUGGCAAGGCAUGUAAGCGUGGGUAUCUUCUCUAUGGUCCUCCAGGAACUGGUAAGUCCACCAUGAUUGCUGCAAUGGCUAAUUUUAUGCAAUAUGAUGUUUAUGAUCUUGAAUUAACGGCUGUUAAGAAUAACACCGAGUUGAGGAAGCUAUUGAUUGACACAUCGAGUAAGUCCAUCAUUGUGAUUGAGGACAUUGAUUGUUCGCUGGAUCUCACAGGCCAAAGGAAGGAAAAAAAUGAGGAAGAUGGGAAGGAAAAAGGAAAGGACUCUGUAGUUUUUACGAAGGCAAAAGCUAAUCAAGACGAAAACAAGAGCAAGAAACUCGAUCCUGCUCUCAUUCGUAGAGAGCGCAUGGAUAAGCACAUUGAAUUGUCCUAUUGUUGUUUCGAAGCAUUUAAAGUGUUGGCAAAGAAUUAUUUAGACCUUGACUGGAAUGAUCUGUUUGCAACUAUUUCACCCUUGUUAGAGGAAACCAAUAUGACUCCAGCUGAUGUUGCGGAGAAUUUGAUGCCUAAGUCAGCUGAAGAAGAUGCCGAUACUUGUUUGAGGAAUUUCAUUAAAGCUCUUGAAACGUCCAAGAAAGAAGCAAGGUUGAAAGCCGAGGAAGAAGAGAGGCUCAAAGCUGAGAAAGAGCAUGAAGAGGAUGACCAAAAUUGUACAGAAGUGAAAGACAAAGCAUCAGCAUCAGCUCAGGAUGGGAAUGAAAAUGGAUUCAGCAAUGGGGAUGAUUCGGAGACAGAGUGA